CCUUUAUUUUGAAAUUCGAUGAGCAACCGGAACUCUCGAGUAUCCGGAUAUUGGCGGUGUUGUGUUGGCGUCCCACGUCGAGGUUUAUAUCACCGUCUGAAGUUGGAUGGUUCUCAAUGGACAACUUUUAUAUUAAACCAGGAAAUCAGGAGCGGGGAUGGAACGACCCUCCACAAUUUUCUUAUGGUCUGCAGACAAAUCCUGGAGGGACGAAAAGAAAUAUUCUUAACAAGCGGGUGCCCCCACCUCAGCUCACAGGCCAAAGUCCUGGACCAGGAUUGCCUCCUUCUUCAGCCGCUAGUUCGGUCCCUCCAAGUAACCCAGGACCUCCUCCUGUGGGUGGACUGACCCCGCCUCCUCCUAAGAGUAGAAUCUCUUCAGGUGGACUCUCAACAGGCUCACCCUUGAGUACCUCGAAGACUCAGACUAAUUCAUCAGUGCCAGCAGAGAAUGAACCGGAACUCGAUGAAGUUCAAGCACUUCUUCUCUGGUCACUGGCUGCAUGUAGGCAAUCUGUGAAGAAACAGGUUUGUGAUGAUGUUGAAAGGCGACUGAAGCUUUUUGAAGAGAUGUGGAAGAGUGGGAAACUUUCUCUCCCAGUUAAAUGUAGGAUGAAAGGACUUUCCCAGGAGCUGAAGAACAAGAAGUGGGAUGCAGCCGAUGAGAUCCAUAGAGCCCUGAUGGUGGAUUAUGUAAAUGAAGUUAGUCAGUGGAUGGUGGGGGUUAAGCGACUCAUCGCAGAAACCCGAAACCUGAGCCCAGAGCUUUUCCAGACAGAAGACACCAUACUGAUGCAGGUGGAAAAGGACUUGCCCCAGACGGAAGACGUCCAGCCCCAGACGGAAGACGUCCAGCCCCAGACGGAAGACGUCCAGCCCCAGACGGAAGACGUCCAGCCCCAGACGGAAGACGUCCAGCCCCAGACGGAAGAAACCGCUCAAAGCGACAUCUCUACUGACCCAGUGCAAUGAGAAUGAGUUUUAGACUUUUCAAUCUAAGCCUUACUCAAUAAUGGACAUUACUUUAUCAAACCUUUUUUCAAAGCUGCUGUGGGACCGAUCGCAUCAGAAAUUCUGUGAUCCACAUGAGGGAGAUUUAGUGUUAAUACUGCAAUACUUCAGUACUCUUAAUACUAAGAAUACUGUAUAAUACUGUAACUGGUUAAUUUUGCUCCUUUACUUUACUCAUUCAUCUUCUAUCACUGAUUAUGUGGACACCAUUAAGUGCAUGUACCAUGGAUUUAUGUCAGUUGGGUGGGUUUAAAGGCAUACUCUAUCGCUUUUUUAACUUGGCUGUGCGCUGCAUUUGUUGUAUACAGUCAGUUACCAAAGAAAAUAAUUUCCCUGCACUUUGAAAAUGAAUAGAAAGCCUGUUGACUUCAAGGGAAAUUCCACAGAUUUUUCAAAACCUCUGCAUAAUUAACUCUUUAAGAAUUUAACAUAGUGGUUUGAUGUGGAAUGCAUUGUUUUAGAGAAACUUGGAGAAAGAGUUGUUCAUAGUGGUGCUGAUUAGAGUAAUGUCUCUAAGGUGCCUCACAGUGGGUUAUUACAUGAAAUGGUUGUGAAUAUGCUGUAUGAUAUCAGAUGUCAUUUUACUAUAUAUUUUUUUCAUAAGAUUUUGUCCUAAAAUGUGUUUUUAUAAAUCUUUUAAUGGUGGAGAGGUACGUGCAGGGUGUUGAAUGGCAAAAUAGUUCCCAAAGUAAACUUCAGAUUUACCAUCGUCAGCAUUACAUAUACAAACUCAUACAAGCUGCGUAGAUUCACAGUUUAUUUUGGAUACUAAAUGAAAUGACUAUCUACAUUGUAGAGAUUGUGACCCCUGGUUACUAUAAUCAUCACCACAGUAAAGAAGUAAGGGGUGAAUGUGGCAUUUCACAUCAAACAUUCCAAAUGACAUUGUUUACAUUUUAACAACUGAAAUAUGCACAUUUUCUAAAAAUCUGUGAAAUUCCCAUCAAAGUAUUCUUAUCAAUCGGUUGAUGGGCUGCUGCCACUUGCUCUGUAUUACAAGAUUCAACAGUUUUUCUGUUCUUUUACUAAAUACAUAAAAAUAUUGUUUGUGGUAGCUGAUCUUAUGCUACCGUUGCAACCCACAGAGAUUAGACUGAAAAUGCUGGCAUCUUGCUUUACUUAUUAAAAGAUUUUAUUUUCCACCAAUGAAAUCGCUCUAAGCUAUAAACAGUACCCAGUAUGAGACAAAACAGUUUAGUUCAGGUUUUUUCUAUGCAAUCAUGUACUUUUUCAUAUAAUUCUGUUUGCAUGGAGUAUUCCUUGGCAUGAUUUUUAAUGCCAUUUUAUUAAGCAGUAAUAAACACUCAUAGCAACUGUACCAACCUGUGUAAUGGGAUUGCAAUGGUUAUUGUAACUGCAUGUUUAUAGACUGAUUUCCAGUUUACAUAAACAUGAUUAAACAUCUGGGUAUAUGGCUAGGAUUCCUAUUCCAAGUAAGAUCCUAAAUAUGUGUAAGUAUCAGAGAGAAAAGGGAUGCAUACAGCAUGUGCUUGAGUAUAUCCUUGACUACGCUGCUACCGAACUACAUAUGUGUGCUUUGUUAAUAAUUGUAGAUGCCCCAUUGCAACACAUUCUUAUCAUGUAAAUAAAUUGAUUUCAAUAGA